AUGUCCACUAAGUUUGAACUUGAAAAGUUUACAGGUGAGAAUGAUUUUGGUCUGUGGAAAAUGAAGAUGGAAGCAGUACUGAUCAAGGAAGGGCUACCUCUAGCCCUAAAGGAAGAGACUGAACUUCCAGAGACUAUGACAGCUUCCAAGAAGCAGGAAAUGCUAGACAAAGCCAAAAGAUCCUUGAUCCUUGGAUUGGGUGACAAAGUCCUUCAAGAGGUCAAGAAGGAGAAGACUGUUGAUGAAAUCUGGAACAGGUUAAAUUCUCUCUAUCGAUCUAAAACUGUCCCUAAUAGAUUAUUUUUAAAGCAGGGGUUGUUUGGCUUUAAAAUGGAUGAGCAGAAAUCUUUAAAAGAUAAUAAAGAUGAUUUUUUGAAAGUGAUUCAGGAUCUAGAAAGUAUUUCUGUAGACAUUAAUGAUGAGGAUCAGGCAAGAGAUUGUCCUAAGAGAAAGAACAAGAAGAAAUCUGAAAAAGAUAGUGAGGGAGGCAGUGCUGGUUUAGCAUCUGAGGGAUAUGAAAGUUCAGAGGUUUUAGUUAUUUCCGAGGGUAAAACUAGUGAGGAAUGGAUGCUAGACUCAGGGUGUACCUACCACAUGACACCAAAUAGAGAAUGGUUCAGCUCAUUUCAACCUUUAGAUGGUGAGAAAGUUAUGAUGGGGAAUAAUGUUGUGUGUCAUAUAAAAGGUACAGUUAAGCUAAAUCUUCAAAGUGGUGCAGCAAAUGGCAGCCUUAGUGUUAUGAAAGGAUCUCUAGUUGUUAUGAAAUCUGAGAAGAGAAAUGGGUUAUAUGUGUUAAAGGGUAGAGUGGAGAGUGGGAUUGCUGUUGUUGGGUCAACAGAGUUCAAGAUAGAACUUCAUUGUGGCAUCAAAGACUUGCACACAGUUAAAUUUGAAUUUGGUCAACACUACUCAAGUUUACCACUUGAGUAUGUUCACUCAGAUGUUUGGGGUCCAUCUAGGCACUACUCACUUGGAGGAUGUAGAUACUUCAUUAGUUUUGUUGAUGAUUUUUCUAGAUACGUGUGA